AUGAAAUUAGUCAUUGUUAUUUGUUUGUUUAUUCAAGUACAAUCAGAACGAUAUAAUGCUGCAUCACAACCAAAUGAAUUUCAAAUAAAAGGAGAUGCGUAUACAAAUGGAAGGUAUAUGUAUAUUACUGCAGAUAAAAAAAGUCAAAAAGGUAUGGUUUCAUUAAAAAAACGUAUAAUUAGUGAUUAUUUUAAUGUAACGUACGAAUUUUCAUUACUUUCUAUUUCCAAUAAAAAACAUGGAGAUGGAAUGGCAUUUUGGUUAACUCCAGAACAACUUGAUAUUGGAACAGCAUUAGGUGGACAAGAACAAUGGAAAGGAUUGGCUAUAUUCGUUGAUACAUUUCAAAACUCAUAUGCUUCAAUUCCAAGUAUUCAAUUGAUUUAUAAUGAUGGAACUUUAACAUACGAACCAAAAAGAGAUGGAAUUGAUAUUUCAAAAAGAACAUGUUCAUUUACGAUUGAUCGUAAUUCUCCACAACGACUAACAGUUAAUUAUAUAAAUGGUAAAAUUAAUAUUGAUUUUAAUAAUGAGCAAUGUACUUAUUACAAUCAAAAAUUACCAAAAGGACUUGUUGUCAGUGUUUCUGGAUUAACUGGUGAAUUAUCAGAUACACAAAUUCUUAACUCAAUUGAAAUUGAAGAUAUUACUCCUUCAACAACACAUAACAUCAAUCCUCAUUAUAUUGGUAUUAAUCUUGAUUCAAUAACAAGAGAAUUUACUGCAUUAGAACUUGGAAGAGAAUCAUCGUAUAACUUAAAAAUAAUUUAUGACACAAUUCAUGAAAUUGAUAAAUCAACUGCAAUAACCAAAAAAUUUGUUAUUGCACGACAACAACAACUAAAUAAGAUAUUAGAGUCAUUAGAAAACGUCCCAAAAGGUUUACCUACAAAAGCAAUUGAUCAAUUUAUAUCAACAACAACAAUCCAACUCGGUAACUUAUAUGAUUUAUAUGAAUCAAUGAGACAAACUGCUGAUGACCUUCUUGAAAGAAUUAGAAAAAAUACAAUUCUCCAAGAAAAAAUAGUUGUGAACAAACUCACUAUAUGGGAUUAUUUACUGUUUUUAAAUGGUAUUAUUCUUGCAUCAGUCUUAGUUUAUAUAACUUUAAAAGUAAUACAUUCACAAUCCAAUAAUUUUUAA